AUGGCUAUAUUUGAAAAAACUUCGCAUACCAAAGCUCUAAUAGAUGACACUGAAAAACUCAGCUGUACCGUAGAAAAUGCACAAAACAUUAAUAAACACACUGAGUAUAUUUUGCGUGUUCAGCGCGGUCCUACAAAAGAUAUCAGCUGGAAUGUGUCCCGUCGGUAUAGGGACUUUGCUGCCCUACAUGCAGGUCUUGUUCAGGCCAACAUUGACCUGCCUUUACCACCAAAGAAACUUAUUGGUAACAUGCAGCCAGCCUUUAUUGCUGAGAGACAAAUAGCAUUACAGAACUACAUAAAUGAGGUAUUGAAACACGAAGUGUUAGCUUUAUCAUUGCAAGUGAGGAGUUUCCUGGAUCCUAGUAACUACUCAUUGGAUAUAGCAGAACAAGCUCUUCAGACUGUGUCGAUCGCUCUGCGGGGCGAAGGUAGAUUCGAGCUAAAGGGCCCUCUGCACGACAUCGGCUGGCGGAUACGGAAACAUUAUUUUUUAGUAACUGAUACGGAGAGUGGAACAAAUUGCAUGCUGUCGUGGCAGAGCUAUGGUGCCGACAGGUAUCUCAGUGAUAAAGACUUACAAACCGCUUACAAGAGCUUACAAAAUAUAUCUCAUCCUUACAUAGACCAAGUAUUAGCUAUACAUAAUUUGGAAACGGGAACAUACGUAGUUAGGAGGAUACAUGAAAACGGGAGUCUGAGGGACAUUCUCUAUGGUACGGAGUAUAAUAAGAGUCAUUUAGCCAAGUAUGGCAACCCUAGGAUAAGGAAAACAUUCACAAAAGGACAGAUUGCGCAUUAUGGAUAUCAAAUACUGCACGCGUUGAAGUUUUUACAUGAAAAGGGCAUACCUCACGGCCACAUCCACCCGGGCAACAUAGCGAUAGACAAUCAGAAGGCUCUUCUAAUGGACGUGGAGAAUAUUCUAGUGGGUGUACCGUCCCUCUACCGACCUCACUUGUUGCAUCUACGGCGGGUAGCCACCGCUGAGGCCAUAGACGUCUACUGCUUCGGCAGGACUUUGUAUGAAAUGGCCUUCGGAGCCCCACUAACGGAGUAUUACUGUGAUUAUUAUCCUGAUGGUGUUAAUGAAGAUUUAGAAUCAGUGCUCCGUCUCUGUCUAUCGAGUAGUUCAUGUAAGCACGGCGGCCCGUCCCUGGAGCACGUCCUGCAGCAGCCACUGUUUGCGCGGGCGCCGCUGAAUGGUCUCACGAUGGGCGCACAGAACGACGCACGCAUGCACUUGAAGUUCCCACUCGCGCUGAAGGAGGAGUUGAAAACUGCUGUGUGUAGUAUGGAAGCUAGGUUGAAGAGCGAACAAAAAUUGGUACGAAGCGCGAAAAGAGAAGUCCGUAUACAAGAAAUACUCGGUUCCGAAGAAGAAAUCAAAAAACAGAAGCGAAGAGCGAAAAAGCGCGAGAGUCUAUGGAAGUCGACGUCGUCUCUAGCUGAAACGGUGCGGUCGCAGAGUGCAAGCACAGCUUCCUCGCCUACACCACCCGCCCUCUCUCACGACACAAGCGCCACAGGUUCCCAGACGGCAGCCAGUCCGUGCGACGCUCGCUCGUCUCUGCUGGCCGCUAUUUGCGCCUUCGACAAGUCUCGCCUCGCCAGCGUCGUGGACUCGCGGUGA